UUUUGUAAUUAAAAUAUUAAUAUAAAUCUGUCGCAAUUUUCAAAAAGUAUGAAAUGUUAAUGAAAAAUACAUCUCACAAACAAUGCUUAACAAUGCAAUAUACGAGUGUUUUGUAAACAAGAAUCCUUUUGCGCUUCACAGUCACAUUAUCAAUUGACAAGCACUUCUGUAAUACUCGGUCGGAAUGAGGGCUAUAUGACAUCGUUAUUAUCUCAAGAUGUGUGUGAAAUAUUUUUGUGUUCUAUAUCGAAAUUUUCCUUGUAUGGUUUUCUUGAUGAUAAGAAGGAUAAAUUUGAAUUCAAUUUUCAUAUCUUAGAAAAAUAAAUAAAAUUGUAAUACCACAAGUAAUCCAGUUCGGACCGACCGUCCGUCUGUCCGGUCGGCUGUUAUUUUUUUUUGUUGUUAUUGUUAAUUUUACAACAAAAGGAUAAUAUAUAAAGGGUGAUCAAGAACUAUAAAACUAAAUAAAAGUGAAAGUAAUAAUAUAAAAAAAAAAAGUUACUAUAUUCAACAUGUGCGAUCGUGAUAUUCCAAGUGUACCAGUGACCACUUUAGCAGGAUUAACAAGUUUAUCGGAUUUACUCAGUGAAUUGCCAGUCUCGGACUCGUUUUUCAAUUCGACUCCUUUACACAAAUCCCUUUUGUUUCAUAAUUUAGUAGCAAAUGAAUCAAAUAAUUUACUUUCUAUACGUGAUGAUAAUUUAGUACGUCAGUUGGUUCGAGCAAUUGAGCAAACUAAUUCAGACAAAAUCGAAUUAAAAUCACAAUAUAACAUUCAUCAACACGGGGCUAAUAUAAGCACUUAUCCGGAGCUCUUACAGGGAAUUUAUAAUUUUCGUCCUACAGUUUUUAAUACAACUCAAUAUAAUUCGAAUAAUCCGCAGCAAAAUUGUCAGGAAAAACAGCAAAUAGAUAAUUGCCAAGGAAAUAUUCCAGUCACUGAAGAAAAUAUCAUAGCUCUUGCAACCACAACAAAUUCACAUGUUCCUACGGAAACUUACCCUCAAAUUGUUCAAAUCGCUAAUUCCAACCAUUUAAUUGAGCAAACACCAUUAGAUAGCGAAUUAAAUCAUUCAGUUAAUGUUAAUGUUAUUGAUUCAUCCUCUGUUAUUAAGUCUCCUAAUAAAUAUAUUGACCAAAAUAAUAUAUAUAAUCAACUAACAACAAAUCAAUUAGAUGAUCCUAAUCCAAACGUAGUUAUUCCUACACAAUCACAAUUUGAUACAAUACAAUUACAAAAUCAAGUAAUACAGCAGAAUCCGUUAAUUCAACAAAAUAGUAUAAUACAAGAAAAUAAUUUAAUACAAGAAAAUAAUAUAAUACAAGAAAAUAGUAUAAUUCAGCAAAAUAAUAUAGUUCAACAAACAGAACAUGUCGAAAUUCAAAAUAAUUCUAGUCUAAGUCAAUAUCCUGUAAAUCAGCAAGCAUACGUAGAAGAAAUUUCAAUUGUACCUACAAUUCAUCCAUUAAAUACAUCUAUUCUCCCCCAAGAAGUGCUCUUAAAGGUAUCAGAAGAAAGUGAAAAAGUGUUAAAAAAUGAUAAUGCUGUUACGGACAACAUAGCGUUAACACAGGCUGAAAACACUUUAAGUUUAGUGACAGAAACCUUAGUUUCUUUGGAACAAGAACAAUCGGUAGUUUGCCCAAAUAUUUUAAAUCAACAACUUCAAGAAAUACAAUUGAUUACCGAAAAGAAUGCCUAUGAAAACUUUUCGUUAUUUACAAACGCAGACAAUAAAGAAUUACAAAAUCAGUUGUUAGAAAAUUCUUUGGAUAUCGCUGAGGAGCAGCAAUUAUUAUCAUCAGUUCUACUUUGUAACACACAAGCGGACCCACACAUAGAUAAAAAUAUAGAACAGAAAAUUUUAGAAUCUGCUGGUAACAAGCCUCAAGUUCGCGUAUGUAUUAACCGGCUGAAGGAAGAACAUGCUCGGCAAAUGCAACAUAGCAUUAAAGGAUUUGUUCAAAAAGGAGAUAUCAUAAAAAAAAUUGAUACACCAGUUACAGAAAUGGAAUCUUCAAAUAUUACAGAACAAAAUUUAACUGAUGAUAAGUUAGCCAUUAUGAAUUCUUCAACAUCUUCAUAUCUGGCAGAUACAUUCACAUUAAUGAAAGCUGAUGAAAAUCGGGUUCGUAAACGCAAACCAGUGAUAUCUUUGGAAAAUAUUCCUCCUGAUCAAAUAUACUCCAAACCAAAAGUUCGAAAAGUUGAAAGAAUUGUUGCUACAAUUCUACCAAAAUUUACUAAGGAAGAAAUUUCAAAGUCACAAACAUAUCAACAGUUUAUGCGAAACCUUGAACAAAUUACUGAACAGAUUGAUGAUACGGAAACACCUAACUUCGAAUCCGAUGAUAUUGAUGAUAAUAUUGAAUGUAUAUCUUCAAAAAUGUUAAAUACAAUGAGCAACGAUGUAGCAAAAUUAAAAGCUAAAAAUGCGCUGGAUUCGAUACCGAAGAAUAAAUUGACAUUACUUAUAAAUUUUGCAAUGCGCAAUGUUUAUCUUGCUAAAAAUUAUUCUGCUGGCCCGGAUGAUGAAGAUGAAAUAGUUGAUGAUGAAGUAAUGGAUAAAAUUUUAAACGCAAUCGAAGCUUGUCUUCUUAUUUGUAAUAUAUACUCAACAACAAAAGAUCUAAAGUUUCUUCAAGAAGAUAAUAUUUCUCUAAUUAUUAAAUUUAUUCAAUUUCAAUUUCGAGAGACUAUAUUUCCUUCAUACGAUUCAGUUUACACUGUAAAAAGUAUGAAAAGGUCUGAUAAUCGAAAAAAAUCAAAGCCUCAUCACAACCACAAUCGAGCGUUGCAGUUGCUUUAUUCAAAAUCAGUGGAGUUAAUGAAAGUUUUUGUAACACUUUUUGACAAAUGCAUUUUCGUUGACACUGUGGUACUUCCACUGUCUACUUUAGCUAUUGAACCGUUUUUUGUAGAUAAUAUUGAAACGUUACAAUUUGUGUGUUUGGAAUUAGUAACAACGAUUUUUCGCAAGGAACAAUACGACAAAAUCCGUAGUUGUAUUUUAGGUGAUAUCCUUGCGUCUAUAGAUCGUUUACCGUCAUCUAAAAGAAAUCUUCGACCUUUUAAAUUAGCAAAUAAUGGCGGAAACAUACAAAUGGUUACUUCACUGGUAUUGCAGUUAAUACAAUGUGCUACAAUUUUACCCGAUUCGCUCUGUGAAAAUGAACCAAAUGCGGGAAAAAAUGUUACACAAGAUAUAAUUAAUAUUGAAGGCGAAAUGUCUGCAGGUGCCACAAAACUCGCUAAACAAAAUGAAGAUGUUAUAGUAUUGAAAAAAUAUGAUGUUGCAAUAAGUAUAGGUGGCAAUUUUUUGACAACAUUUUUAAAUAAAUGUAAAACUCGUUCAAAUGAAACUGAUUUCCGUCCGCUUUUUGAGAAUUUCAUACACGAUCUCUUGGCAACAGUAAAUAAGCCUGAGUGGCCAGCAUCUGAGCUCUUACUUUCUCUAUUGGGUACUAUGUUAGUACGCUACGUAUCUGAUAAAACAAUAGAGCAAAGUAUUCGACUGGUAUCUUUGGACUAUUUAGGAAUCGUUGCUGCUAGAUUAAGGAAAGACACUGUUGAAUCACGUUGCAAAGUUAAUAUAAUUGAUUCAAUGAUUUUAUCCAUUAAAGCAGAACAAGAAAAGGAGGGUGAAUUAUUAAUCCAAAAUAGUACCAUUGUAUUAGGCAUUGAAGAAGAACGAACGGAAUUCUUGCAAAGAAUCCUUUUGGAUUUUUUAGCAGUAAAUGCUCAGGAAGAAAAUUUAAUUUGGGAUUAUGCUCGACAUUUUUAUUUAGCACAGUGGUAUCGUGAUAUAAUAUGCCAACGUCGUCGUAUAAAUGAAGGAGAAAAAGGUUACGCUUCUCGUAAAAAAAGUACAUCACACAAAAAGCGUAAAAAAGGUAAACGUAAUAUUGACUCAUCUGAUUCUUCAUCUCCGGAAAUUAGUGAUGAUAGUGAAAAUGAUACUAAACUUACCAAAAAUACAAGUCGUAAUGAUGUGAUCGAUCAAGAAUUAAAUUUAGAAAUUUUUAAAGUGCUUGAAGAGCGAAAAAGAUAUCUACUACAAAAAAUAAAACCAUAUUCAUCAAAUGACUUAAGUCAUACAUCACAACAUAUAAAGACUUAUAUUGAUUACAAUAAUGCUCACCUUAUUGCGCAAUAUCUCGCAACUAAAAGACCAUUUAGUCAAUCUUUUGAUGGAUAUCUUAAAAAAAUCAUAUUAGUUGUGAAUGAACAAUCAAUUGCUGUAAGAACAAGAGCUAUGAAGUGCCUAGCGAACAUUGUAGAAGUUGAUCCUAUGGUUCUAAAGCGCAAAGAUAUGCAAAUGGGUGUCAAUCAAAAAUUUUUAGAUGCAGCAAUUUCAGUGCGUGAAGCAGCAGUUGAUUUAGUUGGAAAAUUUGUUUUAAGUAAUGAAGAACUAAUUGAUCAGUAUUAUGAUAUGUUAUCUACAAGAAUUUUGGAUACGGGUGUUUCAGUCCGAAAACGUGUGAUAAAAAUAUUAAGAGACAUUUGUAUAGAGUACCCGGAUUUUAAAAAAAUUCCAGAAAUUUGUGUUAAAAUGAUAAGGCGUGUUAAUGAUGAAGAAGGUAUUCAAAAACUUGUAACAGAAGUAUUCAUGAAAAUGUGGUUUACACCGUGUGGCAAAAAUGACAAGCAUGGAAUUCAGAGAAAAAUUAAUCAAAUUAUUGAUGUAGUAAAUACUGCACAUGAUACUGGAACAGCGUGGUUAGAAGGUCUUUUAAAUAGUAUUUUUCAACCAAAAGAAAAUAUUAAGCUAGAAGGAAAUGCUCAAGACCCUAUUAAAAAGAAUACUGAACCUCCACAAGAAAUUCUUUUAGCUUGUCAGCAGUUAGCUGACGGAUUAAUUGACCGUUUAAUUGAAUUAGAAGAUACUGACAAUACACGUAUGUUAGGUUGCAUUACGACACUUCAUUUAUUAGCAAAAGUGCGUCCACAGUUACUCAUACAACAUGCAAUAACUAUCGAACCCUAUUUGAACAUCAAGUGCCAUCCAGCUACAGCACCGAAAUUUAUAUGUGCUGUUGCUGAUAUACUUGAGAAGGUUGUUCCUUUGGUAAAUAACGCUAGUGAAUCAUUCUUGGCGACUUUAGAAGAACAUUUAAUGCUUCUUGUAGUUUCGCUGAAUCAGGCAGUUGUUACUAGUUGUGUGUCCUGUCUUGGUGCUCUUGUAAACAAAAUUACAAAAAAUUAUAAACUUAUUCGUGAUUGUUUCCAAAAAUUCUAUCGUAUCAUGGACCACAGCCGAAAUCAAGUUGAGCAGCAUAACCAUACUAUAGAAACGAUAUAUACUCCCAUGUUUCGACGUAGUUUAUUUACCAUUGGUAUUUUAAUGCGAUAUUUUGAUUUCAAAUCUCCUGAUGUCAUUGGUGAUUUAAAUGGGCUUCCUUCUACAAUAUGUAACGAUGCAUUUGAGUGCCUAAUGUUUUUUGUGCAGUGUUCAAAUUAUGAAAUAAGAAAACAGGCACUCAUUGCUUUGGGAUCAUUUUGUGUGAUGAAUGAAGAUUAUCUAACGAGACCUGAGUUAAGACGAUUUUAUUGUGAUUUGUUACGUUCGGAUGUGAACGAACCAAGCAUAAAAGUAAUAUGUAUGCGAAAUAUUUGGAUUUAUUUGACGGAAUCAGAAAUGUUUAUGCAUAAUAAGGAAAAAGAAUGGGAAAAAGAAGCACAAAAUGAAGAUCUUAAGGAAAUGAACGAUGUUUCAUCUGGUAUGGCCAGUCGGAUAAUACAAUUAUAUUUGCAAGAAAUAUUAGAUUGCUUUUUAAAUAGUGAUGACACAGUAAGACUAUGGGCUGUUAAAGUAGUCCAAAUUGUUUUACGACAAGGUCUGGUACACCCUGUACGGAUGGUCCCAUAUUUAAUAUGUUUAAGUACUGAUUCUAAAUUAGAAUCAGCGCAUAGAGCUGAUGCCUUGCUGAAAGAGAUUGAUAAAACGUACACUGGAUUUGUUAAUAUGAAAGUACAAUUUGGUUUGCAGCUUUGUUUCAAAUUGCAAGAAAUGUUACAGUGCAAUAGCAAAAACGAAAAUGUGAUUCGCGGUUAUAUUAAACGGGAAUCAGAUACUGUGCCUUCCGCUUUAAAUGAUUUUCUUUAUACACUUUUACGUACAACGAAACCUCAACGCCGUGCUUUAGUUCAGACAGUAAUUAAGCAAUUCGAUGACCAAAAGACUUCAUUACGGCAAAUGCUUUAUAUUGCUGAUAAUUUAGCUUAUUUUCCAUAUGUCGUACAGGAUGAACCCUUAUAUUUAAUACAUCAAAUUGAUUUGUUAAUUUCAAUAGCUGGAACUAAUUUAUUGACAACAUUUAAAGAAUGUUUAAUGCCUUCAGAAAAUGCAAAUAAUGUUUUAGAAGAUGACGAUGAUGAAGAGGAUCCAGAAAAACUUUUUAAGCGACUACCAGAAAACAUCUAUGAGAUUCGCAAGUGCAUUACCUCAGCACAGGCAUGCAUGUUGCUUCUGAUAUUAAAAGAUCAUUUAAAAGAUAUGUAUGGUCUGACGGAUGGUAAAAUAUCUAGAUAUUCUCCAUCGGAACAAAAAUUGUAUGAAAAAGCUAUAACUAGAAAGACAGUUGCAGAUUUUAAUCCAAAAUCUAUCAUUGAUGUGAUAAUAUUACAGCAACAAAUUGCAUUAACCAACAAUGAUGAAACUUCAGUACAGUUAAAUGAUGAAGAGAAAAUAGAAUUAGUCACCAAAUACUUGGAUUUCAAACAACUCAUGCUAAAACUGGAUCCUGAUGACGUGGACUCAGAUGAGGAAGCACGUGAUAAAUCCAAAUUGAAUACUUCUCAAACAUUGCAUCUGAAUUCAACAGUUCAGAAUCAAUUAAAUAAUUCGGACUUAUCCACUACCAAUAUGAAUAACCACAACAUUAAUGGCGAAAUAACAGAAGAAAUGAAAGAGGUUUUAACAAUUCCAGCUAUUCGGGAUAACAAAAUAAGCCUGACUACUAAAGCAACUAAUAUUACAAGAAAGCAAUCACUUCGUACAAAAAAAAAGAAACGUAAAAUAAUCACAUCGGAUGACGAUGACGAUGAUGAUUAUAGUGAUGAGGGUUAUGUUUAGUAGUGAAUAUUUAAUUAUUUU